AAGGAGGGCUUGAGUCGUGAGUUCAUUCAUUUCAGCGCAAGUGGAUGCUGCUUUUCCCGCUGCGGGCUUUAGAUCAGCAGCUUGUUUUGCGCCACUAACUUGAUUCACCGCGCGACAAAACGAGCGAGAUGCAGACUUUUCUAUUGUGCUGUAGCAUCUUACCACUGCAACUUUUUGUCUUUAUUCACUCUUUGCCGCUGCACGAACUCAAGUCUGAGCUACAGGGAGGGCCUCACAGCCACAAAAAUGUGGGUCAGAAAAAGAGGGAAAGGCAUGAACAGCCAACACUAAAUGACAAACAUAAUUUGAUGUCAUUAGUGGUCCCCAGUAAUAACACAGAGUGGAAGAGACCUCGCUGUGGAGUACCAGAUUAUCACACGUUGUUGAAAGUAGAUCUGUCAUACUACAACAUGAAGAAAAAAAAGAAGGAAGGACAGAGCAGGCAGCAGCGCAAGAAACGAUUUGCACUUUUUGGAGGGCGCUGGGAAAAGACCGAUCUCACAUACAGGAUUGUACGUUUUCCAUGGCAGAUGAGUGAGACUAAAGUGCGUCAUGUUUUGGACCAGGCCUUCAGAGUCUGGGGCGCAGUGACACCUUUAACUUUCACCGAAGUCAUGUCAGAGAAAGCAGACAUUGUUAUUGACUUCAACAGAUACUGGCACGGUGACAGUUUACCCUUUGAUGGUCCUGGGGGAAUCCUUGCCCAUGCCUUUUUCCCACGAACACACAGAGAAGGAGAGGUCCACUUUGAUUAUGAUGAGCACUGGACUGUGGGUAAUGAUGUUGGCACAGAUCUCCUUCAAGUGGCAGCGCAUGAGUUUGGCCAUGUUCUGGGACUUCAACACUCCCUUGAACCAGACGCUAUUAUGUGCCCAUUCUACAGUGAUUCAUACCCUCUGCAGCUCAGUGAAGACGACAAGAGAGGAAUUCAGUAUUUGUAUGGCCCCCCCAGGCACACAACACCGGAACUUGCAGAGACCAAUGAGCUCGACAUAGGAAUGCCUGACGCCUGCAGAACCAACUAUGAUGCCGUGUCUAUGAUCAGAGGAGAGCUCUUCUUCUUUAAGUCCCAGUACGUUUGGCGCAUUCGUGAUGGGCGACUUGAGGCUGGUUACCCGGCUUUGGCCUCCCGUCACUGGAGAGGUAUCCCUGACUACAUCGAUGCGGUCUAUGAGGACAACUCUGGUAACAUCUGGUUCUUUCAAGGCGAGAGUUACUGGGUGUUCGACGCUGAGAGGAAGAUAACUGGACCAGAUUCAGUGUGGAGGCUGGGUCUGCCUGUAUCAGACAUCCAAGCAGCUUUAAAAUGGGAAGUGGGUAAUGUACAGAAAGUCUUCCUCUUCAAGUCCUUGUCUUACUGGUCCUUCAGUCCUCUGGAGAACCGGGUCGACAAUGUCCUUCCACAGACCAUGCCUGAAUGGAGCGGCAUACCCAAACAUAUAGAUGCAGCAUUUCAAGACAGAUAUGGGUAUGUCAAUUUUCUGAGUGGGAUACAGUAUUGGAAGUUUGACCCUGUAGCAUUGAAAGUGCUAGAUGGCUACCCUCGAUAUAUUGGCAUUGAUUUCUUUGGCUGCUCCAGUUAAUCAUAAACAUGAGUGUAAAACUUUUAUACUGCCAUUUAUUAAUUCUGGCCCAAAAUCUUCUAAUAAUCAUACUUUAUGUAUAUUAACAUAAACUAUUGCCAAAUGACCUUGUAUAUUACUAUGCCAGACAAUGAUCAUAAUAAUUUUUUUCUAUUUUGUUUUGUUAGAUGUCCAAAAUGCUUUACAGAAAGAAUCAAUUUGCUUCUGAGCCAGCUUUGAGUAAAUUGAGCCUUUGAUGACACUAACACACUAUUAAAGAAUUGGUCUGAUGUGGGCAGCUGACAUGGAUACUCAGGUUACAAAUAGUUAACUGAUAACAGGCAGACAAAAUAGGUUUGAAUGAAGGUUUGGUUACUUCACUUGCAAAUACCUCUCCGGUGUAAAUCCUAAACCUCUCAUAGUAUCACACAUCUCAGUUAACACUCCAGUUCUCAGUGAUUACAUUUGGAGCUUUUUUCUUACUCCAGAUUUUUGUCAGUUUAAAUUGUUUUAGUAUUUUUAAGGCUGCAAAGUUGAAAGAGUGAUGUAUGUCUUUCAGCCAUACAGUCAGACACUUUUAUCAUAAACUUGUUAAAUAUUCUCAAUAUUACUGUGUACAGAAUGCUACUGUAAAAACCCAGUGCAGGACACUGAAUAAGGUUGUCAAUAACACUGUGAUAUCAGGUGUCUCAUUAAUAACUUGUUUUAUAUAUAUAUUUUUUAUGUGUAGCUCUGUUAAACAAAUAAAGUAAUUUUGUGUAACUUU